GCUCAAAACACGUCCCCCCGGAAGCUUGGCCCCGGACUCUGAGUUCCGGGCAGCAACGGCGGAGGAACAGAGCAGGGAUGGAAGCGACAGGAAGGCGGGGAGAGACUGCGGCAGAGGUCGAGGUCUGGAUGGACAGAGCCGUAGGCAUGGCCAAAGAAGCCCUCGAGAAUGGUGAAGUGCCUGUUGGUUGCCUCAUGGUCUACAAUAAUGAAGUCAUAGGGAAAGGAAAGAAUGAAGUAAAUGAAACUAAAAAUGCAACCCGUCAUGCAGAAAUGGUAGCAAUUGAUCAGGCUAUAGAUUGGUGUCACAAACAGAAGAAGAGAAUGGAGGAAGUAUUUUUGCACACUGUCUUGUAUGUCACCGUAGAGCCUUGUAUAAUGUGUGCAGCUGCCCUUCGCAUGAUGAAAAUCCCACUGGUUGUGUAUGGCUGCCAAAAUGAACGAUUUGGAGGCUGUGGUUCAGUUUUGAACAUCUCUUCUGAUACCUUGACAGACACAGGGGAACCAUUUCAGUGCAUAGCUGGUUAUCGGUCCGAAGAAGCUGUGGAAAUGUUGAAAAUCUUCUACAGGCAGGAAAAUCCAAAUGCACCCAAAUCAAAAGUUCGAAAAAAGGAAUGCAGCAAGUGAUGGAUAGUAAACUGAAGCUGGACAAAUAAGGAAUAUCUGAAACCCCUGGGCAGUACAGACCUGCUCUUGGAGGCCACUAAGAGGUGGAGCAAGACAUAUCUCUUCCUCUGCUUUAUAUCAUAAUCUGUACUUUAUGUGUGCCUGUAAUAAUGCCAAAUGGUAGGUAUGGUUUUUGAAAUGUACAUUUCAUUUGAGGUGAGAGCUGAGGAAAGCAGACUGUGUCCUUCCAGCAAUACUCAAACUGAGCUAUUUUGGCCAUGUUGAUUUUGAAGCUCAUGAGAGGAAGAAACCUUUAUUUUGGCAGUCUUUAGUUUGGCUGGUGCAACUUCACCUGGAUUCCUAAUACUAACGCCAUAGACAAACAUAGCUAUAAGAAUUCUGUAUAUAUUUGAAAAGCUUAAUCAGCCAUGCUGUCAAAAGCAUGUUGAAAUUCACUAUGCUCCAAGUCCUCUGUGUCUCUCCAACCACAGCAGUUUCAUCUGUGGUACUAAAAACAGAGGGUCAUUAUCAGCAGAGGCUGCCAUACUGAUAACUGUUUUAAGAACCUGACUUCUCAGCACUUUGAAGCUGCCUUUUGUCAUGUCAACCCUUCAGUUCACCUAGACCAGGAUUGUCUCUUCUUGCACUAGCUCUCUGGGGAUUUUUAUAAUGUUCCUGUCCCUUGCCUCUUUGGAGUCCAUCAAAACUAGCAGAAAUCUCAUGUUUACUCUUGUUUAAUCCAGGUACCUUGGCUAAAAAAAAUGAACUUGGUUUGUCUGAGUCUAAAUUAACAAAUUGGCUCGUGAUCAUGUGUGACCAAUAUUUGCCAUAUUUGUUCUUUACAGGAUAAGUUUCUUUUCAGUUAAUUGACUGAAGUAACUAUUGCAUUAAGGAAAUGACGGUUUCUUUUUCAUACUUGUUAUAGAAAACUACCUAGAAAAUUGGAAUCUUGAGUAUUUCUUGAAUUGUUACUUUUUAAAAGAUUUCAGUGCAUUGAAAUAGAAUUUAAACUUAUACAGAAAUCCAAAGCAGAAAAAAUAUGGAUAGAGAAGAAUUAGAAACAAUACAGGUUAUAUUUACAAAAAUAAAGCAUUAAUUGCCAACUUUCUUACUGAUGAUUAUACAUGAUAAUAGGCUCUACUUCCCCUAGUAUUAUUUACUAUCAACUUCCGCAUUUUAUUCAAUAUUACUAAUUUUCAAAACCCACAAGUGUCAUUUAUCUUUCUGUUCUUGCAAAAAGUCAGUACAAGGUUCCCAAACUUACAAAAGCACUUCUUAAAGAUAUCUCUCUUAUUAAAGCUGAUCACUUAUCAAUUUUUGCUAGUUUUCUUGUGUAGGUAGGACUAAUAUUGGUGAUAUAGUUUUCAAUAUUCACUCAAUAGUAUAUAUUGAAUGAUUAUUGAAAACUAUGGGCUAUCACCAACAUAUAAGUCCUACCUAUACUAGACCCAUAGAAAUUAAUGGGGUUUCAAUUUGCUCUGACCAACAAAUUCUAUGCUGGGUAGGACUAGCACUGGCUCUGUUGGAUUACAAAUUGCACUCUAAAUGGAGUGUAUCUGUAUCUUUACUUAUUCAACUUGUAUUACUAUGAAUAAGCAAAGGUACAGAUACACUCCAUUUGGAGUACAGUUUGUAAUCUCCUAUCUGAAAUGUUUGGGACCAGAAGUGCUUUGUAUUUUGGAAUUUUGCUGAUUUAAAAACACCUCUAUUUGCACAUAUGUGCAUAGUAAGAUAUGAUGAAGAUGGGACCCAAGUCUAAACACAAAAUUUAUUAUGUUUCAUGUGCAUAUAGAUAAUUUAAACAAAAAAUGAAACAAAGUUUAUCUACUUUGAACCAUCAGAAAGCAAAGGAGUCAUUGUUUCAAUCACUCCUGCAUAAAUUUUAGUGUUUGAAGGAUUUUGUUCUUUGCAACUGCUGUGAGGGGACUGUACUGCAGAUAAUAUUUGUUGGUAUAAGCAGAGGACGGUUCUAACAUUUUUCUGUACUAUUUUGAAAUUAUGUUCAAAUGUUACUGUUAGCUGGGGAUACUAAGAACUAAUUGUUGUCCUAAUCUCCCAUAUUAUAUUUGAAAUAUACCUCCAGAAAGGCAGUUAGGUAGGAAUGGGAAUGGGCAAUAAGGAAAGCCAAAGUUUAGAUCUGACAUCCUCGGUGCUUUAUUGGAUUGCUCCUUGAACAUAUAAAUAUAAUCCAGAAGAGGGCCUUCCUGUUCCAAUAAUGAGUGAAUCAGGCAUAUUGAAAUUGAACCUGUUCUUCUGGAUUCUGAAUGUUGAGAAAAUAAGUAGUUUAGGAUGUUAAACAGCUAUGCGUUGUGGAUUUCUAUAUUGCAGGCAAAAUAUUUCAGUAGUUUGAUUAGACAUGCUGAAACUAGAUUUGGUUUACUGUUUAGUUCUGUUUAGAUCAAUACACUGUACAUUGAAAAUUGUAAUAUUUAAUUGAUAAUAAAACAAUAAAAGCUGUUUUAACCA